UUGACCCGGAACUAGUUUCCUCCGCUGCGCUGCUGGAAGGAUUCUGACUUUUGUUGCUGUAUUUCCGCCAAAAAAACAAACGAAAGUGCAUGAAAUCAUUAUUUAUUCAGAACAAACGGAGGGAACGUGAGCUGCUCGAUGUGACUCCCCGACCAUGAGCAACAGCCACCCUCUGCGUCCGCUGGCCUCCGUGUCGGAGAUCGACCACAUCCACCUGCUGUCGGAGCAGCUGGGCGCCCUGGUGCUCGGAGAGGAGUACAGCGAUGUUACCUUCGUGGUGGAGGGGAAGCGGUUCCCGGCGCACAGGGUCAUCCUGGCAGCCCGCUGUCACUACUUCAGGGCCCUGCUGUACGGUGGGAUGAAAGAGUCCCAGCCCCAGGUGGAGGUGCGUUUAGAGGAGACGCGGGCCGAAGCCUUCUCCAUGCUGCUUAACUACCUGUACACGGGACGCGCCAGCCUCAGCUCCGCCCGGGAAGAGGUGCUGCUGGACUUCCUGGGCCUGGCUCACCGCUACGGCCUCCAGCCACUGGAGGACUCCACCUCCGACUUCCUCCGCACCGUCCUGCACACCAACAACGUCUGCCUGGUUUUCGACGUGGCCAGUCUGUACUCUCUGAGCGCGCUCAGUGCGGCCUGCUGUGCCUAUAUGGACAAACACGCACCCGAAGUGUUGAAUUCUGAUGGCUUCCUCAUGCUCUCCAAGAUGGCUCUGCUGACGGUGGUGAUGCGGAACUCGUUUGCUGCCAGUGAGAAGGAGAUCUUCCAGGCGCUGAGUCGCUGGUGCCGGCAGCACGAGGACGGGGCCGACACCCUGGAAGUGAUGUCGGCGGUGCGGCUGCCGCUCAUGACUCUGACAGAGAUGCUCAACGUGGUGCGACCGUCCGGCCUGCUGAGCCCAGACGACCUGCUGGACGCCAUCAAGACCCGCUCCGAGAGCCGCAACAUGGACCUCAACUACCGCGGCAUGCUGAUCCCGGAGGAGAACAUUGCCACCAUGAAGCACGGCGCUCAGGUGGUGAAAGGGGAGCUGAAGUCGGCGCUGCUGGACGGAGACACGCAGAACUACGACCUGGACCACGGCUUCUCCAGGCAUCCCAUUGAGGAUGACGGCCGGGCCGGGAUCCAGGUCAAACUGGGCCAGUCGUUCAUCAUCAACCACGCCCGCCUGCUGCUGUGGGACAGAGACAGUCGGUCCUACUCCUACUACAUCGAGGUGUCAAUGGACGAGCUGGACUGGGUGCGUGUGGUGGACCAUACGAAGUACCUCUGCCGCUCGUGGCAGGAUCUGUACUUCACACCACAAGUUUGCAGGUACGUUCGCAUUGUGGGAACACACAACACAGUCAACAAGGUCUUCCACCUGGUGGCUUUUGAAUGCAUGUUCACCAACCGCUCAUUUACCCUGGAGAACGGCCUUUUGGUACCCAGUGAGAACGUGGCCACCAUCGCGUUGUGUGCCAGUGUCAUUGAAGGCGUGAGCCGCUGCAGAAAUGCCCUGCUCAACGGCGACACGCGCAACUACGACUGGGACUCGGGCUACACCUGCCACCAGCUGGGCUCCGGGGCGAUCGUCAUCCAGCUGGCUCAGCCCUACUCCAUCGGAUCCUUGAGGCUGCUGCUGUGGGACUGUGACGAGCGCUCCUACAGUUAUUACAUUGAAGUCUCCAGCAACCAGCAGCAGUGGACCAAGGUGGUGGACCGCACCAGGCAGGCAUGUCGAUCAUGGCAGACAUUGAAGUUUGAUAAGCAGCCUGCUUCCUUCAUCCGCAUUGUUGGGACUCACAACACUGCUAACGAGGUGUUCCACUGUGUUCACUUCGAGUGUCCGGCCCAGCUGGACACGGAAGUUACCGAAGGCAGCCCGGGCCCGGACCCCCCCGAUUCUGGGUCCUCCUCCCCUCAGCCGCGACCCCAACGGCCCUCACGCACACACAGCCUGCUCCCCUCCCAGCCCUCUCCCCCGUCUUCAUCUUCCUCCCAGUCCCACCAGUAAGAGCUCCCUCGUCGAGAAGGCGCCGCGAGGGAAAAGGGGAGACCUCAGAAUGCCAUUUUGCACAGCCUUCAUCACCCAGACCGCAACCGCUACACCGCUGCUAACGGCGACCGUCUCAUUGUCACAGCCGCCCGUGGUCCUACCGUCAUGAGUGCAACAUUAGAGACUGGUAUGUCUGUAGCAGCAGCGUUCAGGGCUCCAGUCUCUCCAGUUCUGAAGCAGAGGGUUAGGUGUUACAUCCAACGGCUCAUACAGUUUUGUGAAGGUACUUUUUUAGCUACUGAGACUCAAGUUUUCUUUCCUUCGAAAUCAUCAAAGUGGAAUCUUUACUUCUCCAAAGACGAGGCGCACACUGAAACGUGGUUGUACUGCACCACCAAAGAGCAGUAACACAAGUGUGGGUGUGUGUGUGUGUUGGGGGGGGGGUGCUAUUUGAAUUUUACCAGUUCAUAUUUCCAAAAGAGAUGGAUUUUAUCCUGAAACAAGCUAUUUUUUUAUAGAAAGCGUCUUAGAACGACUCUACUCACUUUUCAUACCAUCACGCUAACCGAGUAGCAGUCAAAGUAUUUUUCAACGUUCGGAAUUCAAUUCUUCAAAGGUUUGCCAAAGCUGCCGAGCUGAUGCACUCUGUGGCAUUUGUAUGCAAUCUGCACUUAAUCCAAUUAUGCAUUUGCAUACGAAGUAAUCGCUGUUGAGUAUUUGUUGACGGGCUUUCGCGCCCCGAUACCAAAAUCUGUCGUCCUGAUCAGGUGUGAAUUUUUUGAUUACAUACCUUGUGAAAAAAGAAAAACCCUCUCUAAAACUAAACUUAGAUUGAGUUCAGUGUUAAUUUAGCAUUUUAAGCACUUGGGAUAGUUUAGCACGAAUGAUUUUGGGAAAUCAAUUAGGUUGUGAGAAUUUUUUGGGCUCGGACCAAAUUAUGUAUGCACUAGGGCUGCAGGGAAGAAAGUUUAUAUACAGGAGCAGCUGCUAUUGGCACUUUAUUUUACCCAAGUACGCGGAAAUAGAGGUUGCAGCUUGGGUCUCCUGACUAAAGUACAGUACUGGAGUGCUGGAUUAUGUAACUUUCUGUUUUGUAUGUCAAAUUAAUUUAAACGCUUCCUCGCUCUUGGAUCUGUCGGGUUCCUGUUUUUUUGUUUUUUGUGUGUGUUUGUGUUUUUUGGAGGUUUGUUUUUAAAUGAAUCUAUAAGUGCUGCGGGUUCCUGUCUGUUUCAUUUGUGUCCUGAUGUUGCACUUUUGAGUUGUCUCUCUUUGGAAAAACUCCUUAAAAAAACAAACAAAACACUUUCAUUUGAUGUUAAAUAACCUGAUAUACCUGACUACCCUGGGUGACCCUCUGUUGUUUCUAUAAGCCUUCUUUAAUCAUCCCCAUCUACAUUUUAGAACAGUGCCCAUAGUUGCAUAUUUGGAUGAAGUCUUCCGUAAUAACCCACCAGAUAACUGAAAUAGGGCUUUGUUCAGGUUACAUUAUAAUGUAGAGAACACACUCCCCGACCCAUCUAACUUUUCUGUAUGUGUAUAGUUUUACUUGAUAUAUACAUUUCACUGCCUCUUGUUCAAAACAUGCCUGUCAAAAAUGUGAAUAUGGAAACAACUGACAUUGUUAAUAGUGUUCAUUACUGUGAGGGGUCACACCCGGCUGCUUGGCUGAAUGGCUGCUGCUCAACACAGUGGAGGUCUUCGAUACAAGCAAUACGGUGAUCUCUUAUCGUCUGUUACAGACGAACAGUGGUGAUUGAUCAGCCGACAUACAUUCAUCACGCUCUAGGCACUGAUGCCCCGGCAGCUCUUUAGAAAAUGUUGAUGUGUAAAUGCUGCCAAAGGAGCUGUUUUACUGUCAUGAAACAUUUAAAAAAAUGUCUAAUUUUGAAAUUCUUAUUGUAUUUUUUUUGUCUUGCUUCUGUCUCUUUAAUAUUUACCCUUGUUUUUUCCCAGACUGUAAGAACAACAACCGAGUGGUUUCAAGCAGAACAGGAUUUUAACUGUUGAUCUGAUGAGCAUUAUAUGGAUGUAAUCACACUUUAAUUAGCUUUUGUGCACCUUUUUGUGUGUCUUGUCUCAGAUAUAAUCACUAAUCAUGGGCAGAAUUGUUACACUAAACUUUGAACACUGAAGGAAACUGCCCAGGACCCUUAAUAUUGGGAGUUUGUGGUAAUUUGAUUAAUUGCUUAUUUGUUUUUUUUAUACCGUAUUCUAAACUUAAAGCACUAUAACAAUAAAAAAGAGCCUCA